AUGUUGCAGGCACCAGAUGAUGAGCGUGGAAGGUCAGGAGUUUCUAAAAGAAUGCGUAUCUGCGACACAUAUAACCCAAUUCGCCUGUUAAUCAGGUUCGUGUUUAUAGUUAUUGGUGUCUAUAUCGGCAUCUCUGUUGCUGUUCCAGGUGCCACACUAAUUUAUAUAGAGAGAUUCACUUCGUCGCGUGAGGAUGAGGUGGCUCUAAUAUUCAGUGCACGAGCCGUUGGCAGUCUUUCGGGAUGGUUACUGGGUACUUUGGUGCUGGAUAUGAGAGGAAGCUCAAAACCAACUCGUCUUCUUGGAGUCGGAAUCGCGGGGAUAUUCUUAGUUGAUUUUGUGCUUCCGUUGGCCGCUCAUAUUUGGUGGGCCAUGCUUGCUUUUGUAUCCCAGGGCUGUUUCAUGGCCCUUACUACCACUGGUUGUCUGGCUUACGCUCGUGUUGCAUUCCUUCACUCAAAGCCACGCUGGUCGCAACAUAUGAUGUUCGCCUGUCUUGUGGGUUGUGUGGUAACUCCUUUCAUGGCGUUUCCAUUCUUUCCGGCCCAAGUUGCAUUGCCACAGUUACACAGUCUUUCGUCGUUCGUACCGACAAAUCUGUCUUCUGUUAACGAUAUCUCCCCAGCCAGCUUGAAAGCAGUGGUACCCAACGUAGACAUGACUCAACGGAAGCGCUUGAAACGAGCCGCACUGCUCACCAAUUUCUCGUCAGCCCAGUCCACUGUCCAGCCAAACCACUCACUACUCUCAACACAAGAAUUCCCUUCAGAAGGACUGACAACGCCGCAAACUUUAGUGUCGCCGCUGACACCUGAAACAAACAUCUCUACUGGUCGAAAGGUAGAAAUUACGUCAAAGAUUUCGGAUGCUAGCCUCUCCGUGAGCUCUCUUCCAACUAAGCCGUCAGUGAAUGAUGCGAAGCACUUGAACCAGGAUUCAUCGUCUGCAGAUGGCAGUCAGACUGCUUCAAAAAUGAAACAACUCGGGGAGGAUCGUCGUAUUGACACUGUUGGGGGUGCUGCUGGAUUACCCCCACCCUCAUCUGGUAAUACUCAAACAGGUCUUAAACCUCUACUUGACGCUAAAUCAAGCGAUGCCACAACCAGUACAACAAAACCCGCCUUACCAGAUGUCACUUCGUCUAGCUUAUCUCCGGACGGAACCAGUGAAGUUGUGCCACAGAACAAAAACGCUAAUCUUACUAAUUUUAUUAGCCAACAACCGUCUUUCGCCCUGGAUGUCAAUUUAACGACUGGGGUGCCACCUACCACAUCUACUUUGAACGCAUCCAAUCCUGAGUCAGUUUCCAUUCCUGUUUCAACUACACCAAGCAACAUUGCAAACAUCAGUUCACAGACUCCAACCGCGGCAACCACAACGCAUUUGCCUGGUACGUCACCUGUCGCUACAGCUACCUACGCACAUAUCGCUGAGCAUCGCUCCCACACGCAUCCAACACAUCAUUUAUCCUUUUUGCAUCCUUUGGUGCCAAUCCAAAGUUUGCAUAUUUUCCUCGGCCUAAUGGGUUUACUGCUUUGGUUGGUUAUACUACCGCUGAUUGGUUGGUGUCCUUCCUGCACUUGCUUCAUAUCCCCAUCCAGCGCAAGCAGUAAUGGUGAAGAACUGAGGCUGCGCAGACUUCGUUCCAGUUCGUCCACGAUGGGGAACGGCUCAUCUAAGCUAAAUGGGUCACAACACGAUGUGGAGCGUCACCCGUUACUUCCUUGUGAAGACGAACAACUUCCAGAUUACAAAGGUGCAACUUGCGGUUACCGAAGUGAUGUGGAUAUCGAUGAAACUCAUUAUCUUUCAGCCUGUGAGGUGUUUUCCGACUCGGAACUGGCGGGUGAUAAAACCAAACUGACAGCAUCAAAUUCCAUGAAAAGAUGGUUGCCUACAGCACCGGUUCCUUUGACUUCAAUGGACCGCAACUCAGUUCAUCUUGAUGGAGUACCGCCAACUCCUCUAGUCAAUCCUGCCUGGCCUCGUAUCUACUGGCCUUCAGAUGCAUGGCUUCUAAUUGCUCAGUUCUUAAAUAUUGGCCUGGAAACCACCUAUGGAGCCUUUAUCCAUUGGUUUACCAUACGAUAUCUUCUAUGGAACCCUGCCGUAGCUUCCCUAGCACUCAGUCUGUUCUGGCUGGGCGGCUUGGUAGGUAGGCUUCCGUGCCUGUUUCUGGUCGAAACCAAGUUGUCGUCACAUUCCAACCGAGGUACUCGCUCAAACAGUCUACAGUCGAGUCAUUCUUGGUCUUCACUGCUUUCAAGUUCGACGCGCUGGCUUCUGUCCAUGAUCCGUCUAUGUGGAUCUGUUCUUUGCGUCAUCAGUGCAGUGGCUAUUACUCGUCUUUCCGUAUCCACUGCCCGCUACAAACUUGACUCAAUUCCAACUGCUGCUCAACGGCCCGUGUCCCACAACUACUUCACAUGGCUUGGUGGUAGCCUGUUUCUCGGCCUAGGGGUGGGCGUUUCCUCUUCAGGUGUUGACUCACUGUUGGUGGUACAUCACACAGAUGGCACUCAUCGUCUUCAGUUGGCUGGACACCUGGGACAGAUGCUGGUCCCUCCGAUUGUCGCCUACCUUCAUCACCUUGCUGUGUUUCACCGAUACACCUAUGUUCUUGGCACUUCAGUGUUAGUUUUGAGUAUCCUUUUGAGCUUUGCCCUAGUCGCAGACGUGCUUCGAGCGGUGAUGUGUUGUUCCCCAGAAGUACCAUCAGUUCCCCGUGUGGAAACCGAGUCUCCAUCGAAACCAUACAGAAUUUCUUCACCGGUCACUUUACACACCGUUGAGCAUCCAUAAUUUCGUAUGUUUAUGUGUGUGUUCAAUUUCCAUCACCGCUUUCUCUGGUUUGGAAUUCAAUACAUCUUGUGAUUUUUUCCAGAUGGUUUGUUAACCCGCUAACUUUUUUGAUUAAGAAGUGUUUGUGGCUUUCAGUUCCUUAUAUCUCCUAUUUUGUUACUUUGUUUUCAUAUGUUGUGCGUACAUUGUGAACUCAUUUUCCUAGUCUUUCUGGAACCGAAAUCAUUCGUAAAUUAUAAAUAGUAUUUUUCUUACGGAAUAAACGAUAUCUCUGUG